AUGUUUCAGCGAUCGAAUCGCAAUAGAGAAGUUGUAAAACGUUCUUGGCUUUGCUUUUCUCCGGCAAAUGGUCGAGUUUACUGUUUUUUCUGUGAGUUAAUGGGUACUGUGAGAUUCAAAUUUACACACGAUGGUUUCUGUGAUUGGAAACAUGCUACGGAUCGACUCAGUUCGCAUGAGCAAUCCAAAGAUCAUAUUGAAGCUGUUUGGAAAACAGCAAGUCGUGCCAAAAAAUCUGGACGUAUAGACUCUGAAUUUGGCCAUAAAACGGAUCGACAUGAACAUUAUUGGCGUAGUCUGCUUAAACGACUAAUAAGUGUGCUUAAGUUUGUAUGUGAACGAGGUCUCGCUCUUCGUGGAAAUAAUGAAACGAUCGGAUCGCCUAACAAUGGCAAUUAUUUAGGGUUACUAGAACUUUUGGCAGAAUACGAUGAUUUCUUAGGACAUAAAAUACAUAAAAAACAUUGCCAGUCGUGGUUCUGGUCAUGCAAAUUAUUUGUCAUCUACUGUCUGAGAAAAACUUGUUAG